CCUAACCCUAAGGAGUAAAACCCUGGGAAAACCCAGCCAGCUCUUUGCGCCAGAGAAGAGUCUCGUGAAAUUGGUGACAGUUUUGAUGUUCGGUAGCGGAAUUCACUUGGUUUAGACGGAAUCCAUCGCCAAUUUUUCUCUUGGCGGUGCCGAGAAAUGCCGUGAAUUGUAGCUGGCUGCGGUUCGAAAGAAAUUUUGCAGGGUAGACUCUGUGUCGGAGGCGCACUCAGCUGCGUUUGUGGAUUUCUUCUGCGGAUUUUGAACUGGUUGAUUCUGCUGGAACCUAAGUAAUGCUGGAGAAGAUCGAAGUGGUUUUGUCUACGAUCUUUAGAACAUCGAGGUCGGGCGAAAGUUUUGCGGUGUUCAGGUUGUGGGAAAUGUUCAGCUGACGAGGGCAGCAGGAUUUUAGUUCGAGAAUGAGCAUACUAUCAGGAGGACUGGAAGGACAGGUUGGUGACAUAGUUGGUCAGUGACCAGGGAUCUCAGGAGUUUGUGAUAAUGGGGAAGGCUAAAAUGAACGCAGCUAGAAUGGGAUCAGGGGGCCCGGAGGUAGUGGCUCCAGAGCAGCUGCUGGAUUUGAUGGGGCCUCACAUUGAUUCGUUCGAUUACUUUGUAAACCGAGGCCUGCAAUCGGCAGUGCAGAAUAUGCAAUCAGUGGAAGUGGUACACCCAGUUUCUAAUGUCAACCUUCGCAUGUGGCUAGAUAAGCCCGUAGUCAACCGUCCCAUGAAGGAUCAAAAGGAUGGAGCGCUUUCCUUGGAUCAACGUCUGCUCCCCACGGAGUGCCGAAUGGGAGGAUUAAGCUACAGGGGAAGUCUCACGGCAGAUUUAUGUCUUCAGUAUGCAAGUGGAAAUGUUGUACGGAACAGUAUGUCAUUUGGCCGCAUGCCGAUCAUGGUCAAGUCAAGCCUCUGUCACUUGCGUGGUCUGGACGGGCGGAAAAUGGUUGCGAACAAGGAAGAAGCGAUGGAGAUGGGAGGAUAUUUCAUAUGCAAUGGUAUAGAGCGAAUUAUUCGACUUCUCAUCAUUCCAAAGCGUAACUUGGUGGUGGGAGUGAAGAGAGCAACCUUCAAGAAUAGAGGAAGUGCCUAUUCUGACAAGGCUGUCAUGAUAAGAUGUGUGAAACAUGAUCAGAGUGCGGUUACAUUGCGAAUGUAUUACUUGAACACGGGAGGUUCUAACCUGGGAUUUUCGUUGCGAAAGCAGGAGUUCUUAAUACCCGUAGGGUUGAUUAUAAAAGCCCUUGUUGAUACAAGUGACCGAGAGAUUUACGAGCAGCUGAUUUCUGUGCAAUCCGGUUAUGACAAGAGCACCAAAGGAGUUGUGGGCUCUCAGUUUGUGAGUCAAAGAGCAAGGAUCAUUCUGGAAGAUGUCCAGCGGCUCAACCUUUUCACACGCAUACAGUGCCUUCAAUACAUCGGAGAACGAUUUAAGCAUCUACUUGACGUUCCUGCUAGCUACUCUUCCGCCAAGGUGGGUGAGAAGGUUUUGGAAGACUACAUACUGGUCAACCUGGACAAUCCUCGGGACAAGUUCAAUAUGUUGAUAUUUAUGUUGCACAAACUUUUUGCACUGGCAGAUGGACUUGCCUCUCCAGAUAAUGCAGAUGCGUUACAGCAUCAUGAAAUUUUACUUCCUGGACAUCUUCUUACUAUAUUUGUGAAGGAGAGGAUGCAGGAAUGGCUUUACAGAGUCAAGGCGCUGCUCGUAAAGGAGAUUGAAGACAAACCCGCCUUCAAUCUACAGGAUUCCACCCAGGUACAAAAAAUACUGGAAAAAGUCCCUGCCUCAGAUGUUAGCAAAAAGGUCGAAUAUCUCCUCAAUACUGGAAAUCUUGUAACGCAGAGUGGUCUGGAUUUACAACAGUCAACCGGAUUCACCCUAGUUGCAGAAAAAUUGAAUUUUCUUCGUUACAUUUCUCACUUCCGUUCCGUUCACCGAGGAGCUUUUUUCGCAACUCUGCGAACCACACUUGUCCGUAAGCUGUUACCAGAGUCUUGGGGUUUCAUGUGCCCAGUUCACACCCCGGAUGGAUCUCCGUGUGGACUAUUGAACCAUCUUACUGCAGCAUGUUUAAUAUCAACCGAUCUGGACGCAAGGGGUCUUGUAAGGCAGCCUCUGAAAAUUCGGAAGGCCCUUACUUCUGAGCUGGUAAGCGUUGGAAUGCUCCCGUCAGUCCUCAGCAUGGCCCGGGUGGCACCUCCGGACUUUUUAACUGUUCAUCUUGACGGACGAAUCAUAGGACACAUGCGAACUCUCGACAUUCCUCCUGCGGUUGCUCACUUACGGCACUGCAAAGUCGCCAAGAUAGCAGAUAUCCCAUCUGACUUGGAAGUGGCAUACGUACCCUGUACAUCUGCUGGUGCAUAUCCGGGCCUUUUCUUGUUUAGUACACCUGGAAGAAUGCUGCGGCCCGUGAAGUGCCUAAGUCCUCAAGACAAGGGUGCACUGGAACUGAUUGGUCCUUAUGAGCAGGCGUACAUGGAAAUUAAGUGUCCAGAUGGAACAGAUGGAGGAACUACCGGCAUAUCAUCAUACGCCACCCACGAAGAGACGCAUGCCUUGGCCAUGCUCAGUGUUGUGGCCAGUUUAACUCCAUGGUCAGACCAUAAUCAGAGUCCGAGGAAUAUGUACCAAUGCCAGAUGGGAAAGCAAACUAUGGGAACUCCAUGUCAAGCUUUGCAAUUUCGGGCCGAUAAUAAGUUAUAUCGUAUACAGUCACCACAAACACCUGUUGCCAGGACGGAGAAUUGGGCCAAAUUUAAUGUAGACCAAUUUCCGACGGGGACAAAUGCUAUUGUUGCAGUGCUUGCGUACACGGGAUAUGAUAUGGAAGACGCUAUGAUUUUGAACAAAUCUGCUGUGGAACGUGGCAUGUUUCACGGACAAAUUUACAAGACAGAGACUAUCGACUUGACUCGUAUGCGUCGCAAAGGAGACGGAAUUGUCAAUGUGUUUGCCAGAUCUGACGCAGCCGGUGGUCCGAAGAGAGGAGCACCACCCGUUCAAAACUCAAAUUUUGUCGACACCGAUGGACUGCCGUACAUUGGGCAGACCUUGGUGGAGAAUAAUCCUUACUGUAGUGUAUUGAACACCGUUACUGGUAACGCGAAAAUGUCCAAGCUAAAGGGUGGAGAUAGAGCUGUUGUGGACUUUGUGGCAGCAGUCGGAACAGGACCCAAGGAGCCGAUGCAGAAGGUCAGCAUUCGGAUGCGAUACGGUCGUAACCCUGUUAUUGGAGACAAGUUCAGUAGUCGGCAUGGACAGAAGGGUGUGCUCUCACAGCAAUGGCCCGAUAUCGACAUGCCAUUUUCAGCUGUUACUGGAAUGCGACCUGAUCUUAUUAUCAAUCCCCACGCCUUUCCAUCCCGUAUGACGAUUGGGAUGCUCUUGGAAUCAAUGGCUGCGAAGGUUGGCAUUUUAAAAGGGGAGUUUAUAAAUGCUACUCCAUUUCAAAAAUGCGCUGCCGACUCGAAGAGCAGCCAUAAAAACAAAGAUGAGUCUCUUGUCGACAAGUAUGGAAAGCAGUUGAAGGAAUACGGUUUCAAUUACCAUGGCACAGAAGUCAUGUAUAGUGGUGUCUUGGGCACAGAACUUACCUGUGAAAUUUACAUCGGCUGUGUGUACUAUCAAAGACUUCGUCAUAUGGUUGGAGACAAGUAUCAGGUGAGAUCCACUGGUGCUGUGAAUCCUGUGACACGACAGCCUGUUAAAGGGCGAAAGUUUGGUGGUGGUAUUCGUUUCGGAGAAAUGGAGCGAGACUCGUUACUUGCUCAUGGUGCAGCAUACUUGUUGCAUGAUAGGCUACAUACUUGCUCAGACUAUCACACUGCGGACAUCUGUGUUCGAUGUGGAAGUCUGUUGUCUACCACACCUGUAAUUCAGCAGAAGAGCAGUGCAGCUUUUGCAAUGGGAUUAGGGUCAAGUAAAGAGAGCAAAGUCAUCUGUAGAGUGUGCAAUUCAAGUCGGGAUAUUGAGCUGGUGGCCAUGCCUUACGUUUUCAGAUAUCUUGCCUCAGAGUUGGCAGCCAUGAACAUCAAAUUAACACUUACAAUUGGCAACGGCUGAUAUAUAAAAGUAAAUAUAUUUUUCAGCUUUACAUCGUC